UGCAGGAAGCGCAUGCUCAGUAGCCAAUCACAGACCCGAGAUUUGAGCUCAGUGUUUAUCGCGAGACCUCGGCUCUUCCUUUUCCCUUUUCGCUCUGAGUCCAAGAUGGGAGUUGACAUCAGGCAUAACAAGGACCGCAAGGUGCACAGGAAAGAACCUAAGAGCCAGGAUAUCUAUCUGAGGCUCCUGGUCAAGUUGUACAGGUUCCUGGCCCGUCGCUCCAAUGCUCCCUUCAACAAGGUUGUCCUGAGGAGGCUCUUCAUGAGCAGGACCAACAGGCCUCCCAUCUCCGUCUCCCGUCUGAUCCGUAAGAUGAAGAUGCCGGGCCGUGAGAACAGAACCGCUGUUGUUGUUGGAACAGUCACUGAUGAUGUCAGGAUUCAGGAUAUCCCCAAGCUCAAGAUCUGCGCUCUGAAGGUUACUGAUGGUGCCCGCCGCAGGAUCCUGAAGGCAGGAGGUCAGGUGAUGACCUUUGACCAGCUGGCUUUGGCUUCUCCCAAAGGACAGGGCACCGUGCUGCUGUCAGGACCCCGCAAAGGCAGAGAGGUGUACAGGCACUUUGGAAAGGCCACUGGAACUCCUCACAGCCACACCAA